AUGCCGGAGAAGGCAUCCCAGGCCGAGCACAAUGAACGACGGCGCGCCACAGGGGGAGCCCUCGCAAUCGAUAUGGCGUCGCUAAGGUCCGUUGGCCGCUGCGAACAGUUUGGAGCGCUGCAGAGGCGGAUGCCCCCGGCCCGCGUGCCCCGCAUCCCCCGCGCUCACCACACCUGCUGUGUAUUUAUAGAGCGCCACAGCCGGCGUUGCCCGGGGAUGCAGGGUUGUCGGCUACCACUUCUAUCUCUACCUAUGUAUCGUGUUUACAUUCGCAAGCGGCCACGAUGCGGG